AUGAGCAACUUCCUUCUCCGGCCCAACGCGAUCGAAGCGACCGUGUUGACCUCGCAAAUUUUCUCCAACCUGUCCUUUGCCGCUCGGAGUUGCCAGGAGUACUCGGAGGUCGAUGCGUUGCUCCAAAAAGCCGAGCAGUUUUUCGAGGACAAUGGGUUUGACACGCUGCGGGACAUCUUGGAAUUCUACAACCAAGAGGAAGAUGCGCAGUACUACGCUCUGGUACAACAAGCAAACGAAAAUCAGGAGGAACUGGCGAUGAAAGCGGGACAAGAUGUCGGCACGAGGAGUGCAGGCGCUGCGGCGGGCGUAGCUCUCGGUGGAGCUGCAGGGGGUAGUACCAGUAGUA